AUGGAAGACGAAUUGGCAGCCCUGGAGCAGCGGAUUGAAGAGAUAAGGACCGCCUUGGAGGCCAAGAAGGCGAAGGAAGCAGCCUUCAUGGAGAAGCUGGAGAAGGCGCAGCAGGGCUACAUAGAACUCAAUGUCGGAGGGAUACGCUACACCACCAGCCGGGCAACCCUGGCGCGCUAUCCGCAGAGCAUGCUCGAGUCCUUGGUGAGUGGGCGAUUCGCUCUCAAGCCCAUGGCCGACGGUUCCGUGUUCAUCGAUCGCGACGGCACCCACUUUGGCGUCCUUCUCAACGCCAUGCGCAGCGGAGUGCUGUCCUUCCCGCCGGGCUUCGUCGACUACAAGGCGCUCGCGAGCGAGGUCGAGUUCUAUCAACUGCCCUUCGACGUACCUCGAGCGCGGGGGAACGGCCCGAUCAAGGCGGACUUCACUCGCUCGCAGUUCUGCCAGCUGCUCGCCGCCACCACUCAAUACAAGGACUUCAGCGGGCUGCGUUUCUGUGGCCUCGACCUCUCCGAUCUGAGGCUCUUCGGCGAGACGGUGGCUUCUACAGGCGGCUUUCGGGUCCGGCUGGCCGGGUGCGACUUCUCCGGCAGCACGCUGUCCCACAUCCGGUGCCAGGAGGUCGACUUCAGCCAGUGCAGCUUCGUCGGGGCCGACCUGACCGGCGGCCACUUCGAAAGCUGUUCCAUGAUUGCCUGUGAGUUUAGUGACGCCGACCUGUCCGCAACCACGCUGGCGCGCUGCAACCUGAAACAAUCGUCCUUCGUGGACGCCAACCUCUCCGGUGCCAACGUGACCGAGUGCACGCUCACCAAGGCCAACCUCACUCGAGCCUGCCUGGACAAAACCAACCUCACCGGGUCAGCCUUGGCCAACGCCAACCUCAAGGACGUCGACACCAAGACAGCCAACUGGACGAAGGUGACAGGCGUCGUGCUCAGUCCAUGA